AUGGGAAAAUAUCGUGGAACAAGGAGAAAGAACUCAAAUUCAAAUCUGCAAAAGAUAAGAAUUCAGAAUUGCAUUUUGGCGCGUGCUGCUCGUUUGGAAAAGCUGAAUCGUCGCUCAGCUGCUAACGAAGUCCAAAUGGAUGAGCCAGGACCUCAACAAAACAAUGAAGGUGUUGUCGUAGUGCCAAUCAAUCAGUCAAACCAUGGUGGUGCUGCCGGGAGAGCCGCUGAGGAGGUUCAAGCUCAAAAUAACAAUCCAAACAAUGAUGAUGUCGACAAUGAGUUGGCUGAUCGCAACCAGGCUCUACUUCCACCACCUCAGCAAAACUGGAACCAAGUUGUGGAGCAGCCAAUUGCUGAAAAUCAUCUUGGUGAUGAAGAUGCGAAUAUUGACCGCAAACUCCCUUCAGCGGAUCUCGUUCGUUCUGCGUCCCCACAUCUGCCAAACGUCCACAUCAAAGUGGAAAAUGAGGGGCACGGAGCCUUUGAUAAUCCAGCUCCUGUUCACGACCAGGAGGAUCUCGUGAUCACUGAACCCCUUCGUCUUCAAGGACGGAUCAAACUGGAGCCACUCUCUCCGAAGCGAAGCAAGGAUGAGGACCCCAAUAUGUUGCGUCCAGGACCAAUAACCACACAGCCGGAUCGCAAAAUAAUCUUCACCACACCAUACAAUGUAGUUCGAACGAACUACAUUGAGAUCAAAAAUUCCUCGAAUCGCCGAAUCGGAUUCCAGUUGAAAUGCCGUCAAAGACCUUUCAAGCUGAACCAGAAGUCGGGAGCUCUUUACCCUGGCGACGCGGUGCUCAUCGAACUGAAAACGGAGAAUUUCGACAUUGAGAAGGCAUUCACCGAGAAAGUGACCAUUGAAUGGAUGAACAUACCGGAAACAGGAGAGGUUUUGGAGGAAUACUUGAAUGGUGAUGGAUGCAAAAUGACAAAGAAUAUGGUGGUCGAGUUCAUGAAGUAG